CCGUCGCCGCCGCCCCGGCCCGUGGGAACAAAGGGAGCGCGGCCGUGCCGAGCGGAAGUACAAAUAUAAUGUCAGGUGGCUGAAAAUUUGACUAUCAAAAUGUCAAAAAGGCCAUCCUAUGCCCCACCUCCCACCCCAGCUCCUGCAACCCAAAUGCCCAGCACCCCAGGGUUUGUGGGAUACAAUCCAUACAGCCAUCUGGCCUACAACAACUACAGGCUGGGAGGGAACCCGGGCACCAACAGCCGGGUCACGGUAGGAGAAUCAACUAUUACAUCCUCCAGCAGACACCAGGAGCUGACCAGAAAUGGCUUUAGGGCUUCCUCUGGUAUUACCAUUCCAAAGCCCCCCAAACCCCCAGACAAGCCCCUGAUGCCCUACAUGAGGUACAGCCGGAAGGUCUGGGACCAAGUGAAGGCGUCCAAUCCUGAUUUGAAGUUAUGGGAAAUUGGCAAGAUUAUUGGAGGAAUGUGGCGAGAUCUCACUGAUGAAGAGAAGCAAGAGUAUUUGAAUGAAUAUGAAGCUGAAAAGAUCGAGUACAACGAGUCCAUGAAGGCCUACCACAACUCCCCUGCCUACCUGGCCUACAUCAACGCCAAGAGCCGCGCCGAGGCGGCGCUGGAAGAGGAGAGCCGGCAGCGGCAGUCGCGCAUGGAGAAGGGGGAGCCCUACAUGAGCAUCCAGCCCGCGGAGGAUCCCGAUGAUUACGACGAUGGGUUCUCCAUGAAGCACACGGCCACGGCUCGCUUCCAGAGGAACCACCGGCUCAUCAGCGAGAUCCUGAGCGAGAGCGUGGUGCCCGACGUCCGCUCUGUGGUCACCACAGCCAGAAUGCAAGUCCUGAAACGCCAGGUUCAGUCCUUGAUGGUUCAUCAGCGUAAGCUCGAAGCUGAGCUGCUGCAAAUUGAGGAGCGUCACCAGGAAAAGAAGAGGAAGUUUUUGGAAAGCACAGACUCUUUCAACAACGAGCUUAAAAGGUUAUGCAGUUUGAAGGUGGAAGUGGAUAUGGAAAAAAUUGCAGCUGAAAUUGCUCAAGCUGAGGAGCAGGCUCGCAAGAGACAGGAGGAAAGGGAAAAGGAAGCAGCUGAGCAAGCUGAGCGCAGUCAGAACAGCCUGGCAGCUGAGGAGGAGCAGGCAGCCAGCAAGGGGGAGGAGAAGAAAGAAGAGGAGAGCACUCCAAUGGAGACAGAAGAGCCUCACCCAGAAGAGAGCACAGACAACCAGCAGAACGGUGAAGAAGGAACCUCCACCCCAGAGGACAAGGAGAGUGGGCAGGAAGGGGUGGACAGCACAGCUGAGGAGGGAACCAGCGACAGCAACACCGGCUCAGAGAGCAACAGCGCCACCGUGGAGGAGCCGCCCGCAGACCCCAUCGCUGAGGAGGGCGAGAAGAAAGAAUAAUCACUGACUCAGUUCCUGUGUCUCUGUAAUGAAGUACUGUUUGAUUUCAGAGCGUGCUCUGCGCCUGUUGUACCUUCCCUGCCUCUGUCACUUGUCUCCAGAGGAUGCCAGGGCUUAGUGACACGCCAGGUUAUCAGCGUAGCAAGGUGAAGGGGCCUGGAGAGGUACAGGGUGUCCUGCAGCAGGCAGAAAAGGAACCUCAUGUGUCUAAACACAGCUGUUACAGUCUGGAGAGGUGCUUAUAUCACUUGUAUUUCUUCCCUAGAAAGACUAGAAACCACUGGGUUUGGUUUCUAGAUGAGAAAUCAGGCCUUUUCCCUUUCUUCUGGUGCCAUGGACACUCUGGCACUUUUCCCCAAAGGCCCUUCCUGCCCCUUUGUGGCACAGGUGUGUCACCUGUGCUGCAGUCCUGGCCUGACUGCAUGAGGGACCUGCUCCUGGCAGGGGCACUGGCUUUCUGGAGAGGCUGGAAUGUGGCUGAAGCAUUCAGACCUUUUCUUACUAUGGAGCAAAGACUUCAUGUCUCCCCAGGGUGUCCCCUGGAGCCUCUCCUUCCCUAACAACUCCAAAAGUCUCCUGUGUCCCACAGCUACUGCACUGCCUGUCAACAAGGGCAAUUUCUGCUGCAGCCUCCCCAGCCCAUGCUUUUAAAGAAAGCUCUCAGUCCUCAGGAGCAGCUCCAGAGUGAGUCUGAAAGUCUGGGAUUUUGGGGAUUUUUGGUGUAACUUGUUUUUCUAGAGUAGCUGCUCUGCUGUGGUGGAAACUUGUUCAUGGUCUGUGUGUGGCAUGUCAGGAGAUCCAGUUCCAAAGGGCUCAGUGUAGUCUUGCAGGAAAUGACACAUCAUGAGGGAUUUUUUUUCUGUGGUGCAGAAUUCUUUUCAACAAGCCUUUGCUUUCCCAAUUAACUUCUUUUAUUUGCUACCAAGAUACCCUGGUGUGGCCUCAGCCAGAGACCUGGCACAGAACAGAGCAGGAGGGCGUUUAGACACGCACAUGUUCUCUGAGCAGACAGUCACUGAUAUGGCACAAAUGGUAAAAAAUAGUAGUUUUGCUUGUCAUGAGCUUUCAGAACCUCUGGAGACUCUACAAAUGUACUGAAAAGGCCGUAAUUUGCCCUAUAUAAGCAAAACCCCACAAAUAUAUAUAUUGAAUUGUGGCCACAGCCACGGGCCACUUCUUGACUUAACAACUGAGGGAACAUAUAAUGUUUCAGUGAACUGAUGUGUAUUUGCAGAGCAGUGGGUCUAUCAGCUGGUGUUUUUUAAAUCCCUUUUUUUUUAAUGGUCUAAAAAUAAUAAAAUCCAACAUGUUUGGUUUUUUUUAAA